UACUCGAUAAGAGCACGUGCACCCGUGAGGAGGAAUCACAAAACAAGAAGCGCUGCUGGAUGUUACGGCGCGGCUUCUGCAUCUGAGCGCUCACUGAGGAUCUUGACUUCUCCAAAGAUAAACGAAUGAGCCAACAUGCCGACAGGAUCAGUGAGGCUGCAGAGCAUUAAAAAACUGGGGCAGGAGAACCACAGCUAUGAGGCGUCGGAGGAGGGACCAGCGGGGUCUUACAUGAGCAUGACAAGAACGAAAGAGGAUGAGAAGGCUCAGGGGAAAGAAGAGCUGCCUGCCAUCAGAGUGGGCUUCUUUCAGCUGUUCCGCUUCGCCUCAACCAAAGAGGUGGUGAUGAUGCUGGUGGGGAGUCUGUGCGCCAUCCUGCACGGUUCGGCCCAGCCGCUCAUGCUGCUGGUGUUCGGCCUGCUCACCGACACCUUCAUCGAGUACGACAUCGAGCUCAUUGAGCUGAGCGACCCCAUGAAGGAGUGCGUGAACAACACCAUCCGGGUGAAGCAGAACAUCACCGCUGGGUGGACCACGCCGGCACCUGUGAACCACUCCGCCGGCGAGGAGUCGGGCAGGCCGUGUGGGAUUCUUGACAUUGAAUAUGAAAUGACCCAAUUUGCCUUCUAUUACGUCGGAAUUGGAGCGGCUGUAUUCCUGCUGGGAUACUUUCAGAUCUCUCUGUGGGUGACGGCGGCGGCUCGGCAGGUCCAGGUCAUCAGAAAAGCCUACUUCAGCAAAGUGAUGAGGAUGGAGAUCGGCUGGUUCGAUUGCACCUCAGUCGGAGAGCUCAACACUCGCAUGUCCGAUGACAUCAACAAGAUCAACGACGCCAUUGCAGAUCAGGUGGCCAUCUUCCUCCAGCGCUUCACCACGUUUGUGUGCGGCUUCUGUAUCGGCUUCGUGAAGGGAUGGAAGCUGACGCUGGUCAUCGUGGCAGCGAGCCCCAUGAUCGGACUCGGAGCGGGUCUGAUGGCGCUGUUUGUAGCUAAAAUGACGGGGAAGGAGCUACAGGCCUACGCCAAAGCUGGAGCCGUGGCUGAUGAGGUUUUGUCGUCCAUCCGCACCGUGGCAGCGUUUGGCGGGGAGCUGAAAGAAGUGCAAAGAUACGACAGGAAUCUGAUCUCAGCGCAGACCUGGGGCAUCAGGAAGGGUUUGAUCAUGGGUUUCUUCACCGGCUACUUGUGGCUGAUCAUCUUCCUGUGCUACGGCCUGGCCUUCUGGUACGGCUCCACACUCGUGGUCGACACGGAGGAAUACACACCGGGAACGCUGCUGCAGGUCUUCUUCGGUGUUCUCAUCGCAGCCAUGAAUUUGGGCCAGGCGUCACCUUGUCUGGAGGCGUUUGCUGCGGGACGAGGCGCUGCCACUUCCAUCUUUGAAACCAUCGACAAAGAGCCAGAGAUCGACUGCAUGUCCGAGGCCGGAUACACGCUUGACAGGGUGAAAGGAGAUAUUGAGUUUCACAACGUGACGUUCCACUACCCAUCCAGACCGGAAGUCAAGAUCCUGGAUCAGCUCAGUGUUGCAGUGAAGUCGGGUGAGACCACAGCAUUUGUUGGACCGAGCGGCGCUGGGAAAAGCACAGCGGUCCAGCUCAUACAGCGCUUUUACGACCCCAAAGAGGGAAUGGUGACCCUGGACGGUCAUGACAUCCGGGGGCUCAACAUCCAGUGGCUCCGCUCACUGAUCGGCAUCGUGGAGCAGGAACCGGUUCUGUUCGCCACCACCAUCGCAGAGAACAUCCGCUACGGUCGUCCCGCAGUUACAAUGGACGACAUCAUCACGGCAACCAAAGAGGCUAAUGCGUACAACUUCAUCAUGGACCUGCCUCAGAAAUUUGACACCUUAGUCGGCGAGGGCGGCGGUCAAAUGAGCGGCGGUCAAAAACAGCGGAUAGCAAUUGCCCGCGCUCUGGUCAGGAACCCUCGUAUCCUGCUGCUCGACAUGGCGACGUCUGCCCUGGACAAUGAGAGCGAAGCUGUGGUGCAAGAAGCGCUGGACAAAGUUCGUAUGGGUCGCACCACCAUCUCCAUCGCUCACCGACUGUCCACCAUCAAGAACGCGGACGUGAUCGUGGGCUUUGAGCACGGCCGGGCGGUUGAGAGGGGCAAACACCACGAGCUGUUGGAGAGGAAGGGCGUCUACUUCACCCUGGUCACGCUGCAAACUCAAGGAGACAAAGCUCUCAACGAGAAAGCUCGACUAAUGGCUGAUGAAGACGAGUCAGAGAAGCGGAGUCUCUCCAGAGCCGGCAGCUACCGUGCCAGUUUGAGAGCUUCAAUCCGUCAGCGAUCCCGAUCCCAAAUGUCCAACCUGAUUCCCGAGCCAUCAGUGGAUAUUGUGGGGGAAAUAAAAGGGAGGGCAUAUUCGUCGUCUAAGACAGAUGAGGCAAAGGUCCCAGAAGAGGAGGAGGAGGAUGCAGUGGAGCCGGCACCAGUGGCCAGGAUCCUCAAGUACAACACACCCGAGUGGCCUUACAUGCUGAUCGGAUCGCUGGGGGCUGCUGUGAAUGGAGGCGUCAACCCUGUUUACUCGCUGCUCUUCAGUCAGAUCCUGGCGACGUUCUCCAUCCCUGAUCCCGAGCGUCAGAGAAAAGAGAUUGACGGCAUCUGUUUGUUCUUCGUUAUGGUUGGCGUGGUGUCUUUCUUCACGCAGAUGCUGCAGGGCUACUCCUUUUCCAAGUCUGGGGAGCUGUUGACCCGCAGGUUACGGCGACUGGGCUUCCACGCCAUGCUGGGCCAAGAGAUCGGCUGGUUUGACGACCACAGGAACAGUCCAGGAGCGCUGACUACACGUCUGGCAACAGACGCCUCGCAAGUGCAAGGAGCCACAGGCUCUCAGAUCGGCAUGAUUGUCAACUCUCUGACCAACAUCGGCGUGGCCAUCAUCAUGUCCUUCUACUUCAGCUGGAAGCUCACCCUCCUCAUCCUAUGCUUCCUGCCCUUCAUCGCCCUCUCAGGAGGCUUCCAGGCCAAGAUGCUCACCGGCUUCGCCAAGCAGGACAAGCAGGCCAUGGAGGCGGCUGGACGGAUUUCUGGCGAAGCGUUGAACAACAUCCGCACAAUCGCUGGUCUUGGGAAGGAGAGGAACUUUGUCAAUAUGUACUUCGCCCAGCUGGAUGCUCCGUAUAAUGCCGCCUUGAAGAAGGCGAACGUGUACGGGGCGUGCUACGGUUUCGCGCAGUGCAUCGUCUUCCUCACCAACUCUGCCUCCUACAGGUUUGGAGGUUACCUAGUGCAGCAGGAAGGGCUUCACUUUAGCCUGGUUUUCCGGGUGAUCUCAGCCAUCGUCACCAGCGGCACAGCACUGGGCAGGGCCUCGUCCUACACCCCUGACUAUGCCAAGGCCAAGAUCUCAGCGGCGCGGUUCUUCCAGCUGCUGGACCGCGUGCCGAAGAUCAGUGUCUACAGUGCCAAGGGGGAGAAAUGGGAAAACUUCCAAGGGAAACUGGAGUUCAUUGACUGCAAGUUCACCUACCCCACACGCCCUGACAUCCAGGUCUUGAAUGGGCUCAACGUGUCGGUGAAACCCGGGCAGACUCUGGCCUUCGUGGGCAGCAGCGGCUGCGGGAAGAGCACCAGUGUUCAGCUGCUGGAGAGGUUCUAUGAUCCGGACCUGGGUCGAGUGCUGAUUGACGGCCAUGACUCCACGAGGGUCAAUGUGCCCUUUCUGCGCUCCAAGAUUGGCAUCGUCUCCCAGGAGCCCAUCCUGUUCGACUGCAGCAUCGUCCAGAACAUCAAGUACGGGGACAACAGUCGGGAAAUCAGCAUGAAUGAGGUCAUCGCCGCUGCCAAGAAAGCGCAGCUGCAUGACUUUGUCAUGUCACUUCCUGAGAAAUAUGACACCAACGUGGGUGCGCAGGGUUCCCAGCUGUCUCGUGGCCAAAAGCAACGCAUCGCCAUUGCCAGGGCCAUCAUCCGUGACCCCAAAAUCCUGCUCUUGGAUGAGGCCACAUCGGCUUUGGACACGGAGAGUGAAAAGACCGUGCAGGAGGCGCUGGACAAAGCCAGAGAGGGACGCACCUGUAUCGUCAUCGCCCAUCGUCUCUCCACUAUCCAGAACUCCGACAUCAUUGCCGUCAUGUCGCGGGGCUACGUGAUUGAGAAGGGAACUCAUGACCAUCUCAUGGGGCUGAAAGGGGCCUACUACAAACUGGUCACCACAGGAGCACCCAUCAGUUAACUGUCUGGAUUUAGAGAUGAGUAAUUCACCGUUGGAUUAUUUAUUCUAGGGGAACAGGACCAUGACGACUGGUUUGUUUUGUUUUUAUUCAUGACUAGUUUCAAAGUCGGGGCAAAAAGAUUCAUCAGCGUUACGCUAUUUGUUGAUGUUCUUAAGCUUCAUUUACCGGCUGUUAUCUCUGCACCGCAUGGAUUUGAUCAUCUACAAACAGGAUUAACUUCCUGUCAAAGGUGUUGCUGGAGUGCAUUCAUUUUCAACGUUGUUCAGUCAUGUAUCUUGUAUUUAGGAAGGUUGUCUUCAUUAUUAUGUUGGUGGUGCAGGUGUGUUUAAGAAAUGUGUGUUUAGUUUUUGCGACAGAAUCGUAACAGGAGCCUAGAAGUCAUUAAUAUGAAAGAAAUGAGUGGUUUUCAACUGAAUUUAAAAAGAAAUGUGAAAUAGUUUAAAGAGAAAUGUUGUCAUAAUGGAAAAACCUUUCAUCUAAACAUGUAAUACCUUUAAGAGUCAAAUGAAUGGUAAGAGUGAGUGAAAGUAACUGCAGUGCUCGACCUCUCAUCGAAGACGAAGGUCCCCAAAGUGACCUGCUAUUGAGUCACUACGGACUAAGUUUUGGAGUAACAUACUAAGCUGCAAUCUUUCACCAGGAUCUCACACACACGGGCAACAAAACCUUAUGACAUGGUCACAAAAACAAGUCAAUAUUGACACUCUCCUGGAUACUGCAAGGUUGUUUGUCUCUGAGUGUUUCUCUUAAACACCAGGCUUUGACCGCUAAUAACAAGUCAAACCUCCAGUACGAAAAUGAACUGUAUUUUUAGAGAUGAAGGCAGAGAAGCUGACAUCGUUUUGGGGAGGAGGCUAAUUCAUUUUCUUGCUGUGAGCGAGAUGAGAAAGUUGAUACAGCUUUCAUGUUGUUAUGCUAAUAAGCGGCUUCCAGCAGGCGAUUAGCUUUGGUGAAGAUGAGAACUGAAAAGAUGAAGAGGGGAAAGGAAAAGUGCCUCCUUCAUUCCCCAAACCUUAAGCGAUGCAGCUCAAAAUUUUAAAAGGAAUGACACAAAACAAGUGCAGCAUUGUUGCGCUCACAUCAAACGGCGGCAAGACAAUAUUUCUUCCUGCUGAUUUAUGCUAAUGCUAACCCAAUAUUUCCUCAAGCUAAAGUAGUAGCUUCAUAGAAUGGAUUUUAAUGUAGUCGCUUUUUUAUUGAGUGGUAAUUAUUAAAGUUAUUCAACAACAAAAUAUUUAGAAAUGAAAUAAACUGCUUUGUAAAAUUUAAACAAAACAACAAUUUGUGCCUUUUUUUUUUUUUUUUUUGAACCCACACUGAAUAUUUAAUCUGUGCUCCGGUGGCAAGUGUAGGAAGAUAAUGUGAGAGAUGAAUAUUUCCCUGCACAAAAGCAGCAGCGCAGCAGACAGGAGAGUCAUAAAGAUGUUAAUCACGUCGGCCGUCCGCCUACACACUCGUGACAGAACAACUAAUCAGCCGAAUAAAUGGAAUCACCAGCGAAAUGGCCGUCGAGGGUCUUUAAUGGCAGGUGAGUUGGUAGAGGCUGAAGCACGCGGCGUAUUGUGUUUACAUGGCGGCUGGUUCCUGGAAUAACAAUGGAACGAGAGAGACUUUGGAAGAGCCUGCAGUGGAAGACCGUUCAAGCGGUAUUUGGGCCGAAUAGUGCAGAAUUCUAAUGUGUGUUUCUGGACAUCACGGACGCGCUCAUCCACAGUUUACAAUAUUGAGCAGUAGGCCUCGCCUCAGGGAGGUGACUGCUCUGAAUAUCUACUCCCUGGAGGCUGAUCUGUCU